AUGGCGUGUAAGAAACCGUUAGGCCCCGGGCCGGGCGCGUACCGGCUGCCCACCACGGUGGGGUUCGCGGACCACGAUCCGUCGCGCAACCGCAGCCCCAUGUACUCGUUCGGGACUAACGCCGGCGUGCGCUUCAAGCAGCUGGGCCCGGGGCCCGCAUACCGUAUCGACCGGAUCACGCGGGACGGCCUCGUCUCCUCACCGGCUUGGAGCUUCGGAGCCAGGUUGGCAGGUCGCGCGGCGGCGCGCGUGCCGGGGCCGGGCGCGCACGCCCCCGAGCGCUGCCCGCCGACGCGCGAGCCGCGCGCGCCGCAGUACUCCAUGGGCGCGCGGCUCGGGUUCGCGCUGAAGCGACCUGGGCCCGCGCCCAACGCGUACGCGCUGCGCCUGGGCCCCGGCUCGCCCGCCUACACCAUGGGCGCGCGCGUCGGCUUCGCGCUCAAGCCGCGCUCGCCGGGCCCCGCCGUGUACUUCCAGCGCGACGCCGACGUGUACCGCACGCGCGCGCCCAUCUACUCGCUGGGCGCGCGCUCCGAGGGCGCCGGCAAGGGGCCCAAGACGCCGGGCCCCGCAGCCUACCCGCCUAAUCUCUAUAACACCAAGAAGAAUCCGUACGCCUAUUCAUUCGGCACGAAGCACGGGGACUACGCGCCGCCCAUGAUCAUCAAGGAAGACACGAUGGAUUGUCUAUGA